UUUUUAAAGUUUAUAGGGUUAUUGUAUUCUUCAUAUACUACAGAUUUUUUAAAUUAAAUUUAUGUAACUUUAAUUUAAUUAUUUGAUUUAACCUAUCAUCUUCGUUGAUAGGGUAAUGUUUUUGAAAUAAUUCAUUUAAUUCAAAGAUAAUUUAUCCAAUUUGGUUUAAAAAAAGGUGAGGGUGUGGGAGGGAGAGAUAGCGCUUUGCCCCCCUGGUUUUCGCGGGCCUCGUUCACUAGCGCGCGCAAAAGGUGGUAGCUAAGCUAGAAUGCUAAUAACGGAUCUAUAGCGACAAGGAGGGACUGGAGGCUUUGCAGUAGCGGUGUCCGAAGCGAUACAGGCUAUACAGAUCUGAAAGAUGGAUGAGUUUGUAAAACAGAAGCUGACUGAAUGGAAACUUUCUGACCUAAUCCCUGCUUUUGAAGCUGAAAACAUUGAUGAAGAAAGCUUCUUUCUUUUGGAUGCUAACUGCCUGACAUCCCUGAUUCCUCACCUUGGUCCUCGUCUGAAAUUUCAACGUCAUUUUGCAAAAUUUCUUGAGAGUAAUUCAUAACACAUAUUCAACUUCAAGAUAUGUCCAGUGUGCUCAAAGUGAGCACACUGGACAUCUAGCCCUAAAACAACUGAAGAUGCUGAUCCUACACCACAUGCUGAAUUAGAGAGUGGAGUUUCUUCUGUUGGAAGAGCAGCAUUUAACAUCCGUGAGAUCCUCAGUGCCUCCCCUGAAGGUCUGUGGUUUAAUCUGUGGUUAUCAGUCUUGAUGGAAAUCAGCAUAUAUCCAUUCGUGAAAGACGGUGCAUGGUCAGAACACUUGUGUCACACCUGAUGGAUCAAUAUGGAGAAAACCCAUCUUCAGACACUAAAGCAAUUCUGGCAUCUUCGAUUGUGGACCAGUUUCCAUGUUUAAGAGACAGCCAUGGCACAGGAUAUGACGCCUGGUUUACCCGCGGAAGACAACACAGGCCAGCAACUGGCUUUCUGGAGGAGCGUUUCCGUAAUGUAAGGAAAAGGCAUCAACCAAGGAAGAAGAUGCUUUCAGCCCCAGAAGCUCCACCAAAAAGAUCAAGUUUGCCUGAACCAACCAUCAGUGCUGAGCGUGCCAUCCAGAUGACAGAAUGGCUAAAAAAUAACUUCUGGCCCGCAGACCAGGUUGUCCAAUACAUGCGGGAAACUGCAGUAUAUCGCGCAGGAUGGAUCCGCUCAAGUGGGACAAUCCCAAUGCAGCAGAUUUUUGCAGAGUUCCCACGUUUGUUGGACACACCAGGGAUGAUUUUGCAGGACUUUGCCGUUUUAUAUCCACAGUCUUGUGGAAAACUGACAGAGAACUGGAACACCUUGUUCUCAUCAAAGGUCAUUCGCAUGGGGAAGAAGGAGGAGAGCGGUCUUCUGCCUGAGAUUGAGUUGCUUCCACAAGACAAACAAGGUGACGUGGCACUGCAGCUGCCGCCAAAACUCCUCCCUGCUGUUCCCUACAGAGUUUGGCGAAAGGUGGUCAGACCCAGCAACCUAGAAGUCCAGCAAGCCUUCAUUGAUGUCCAGCCAAUUGGGACAAAUAUGGUGGAAUAUCUUGGAAGUACAGCAACAGAGCAUUCACGUGUUCUCAUGCUUGGGGACAGGUAUUGUUGUUCCCAAGCAUUUGUUGUCAUAAAUGGAACUGCUUUGGAAUAUCCAUCUCUUUUGGGGGCCGUUGACGGCUGUUUCAAAUCAUUCUUCGUUUUUGAUGUGAGUUAUCCGAAGUCGUGUAUCCAGAUUUGGGAUUUUCUCCAAACUGUGAUAUAUGAAAUCCCAGGAAACGAGUCACCCCCGAUAAAAUUAAUGAGGGCACAGUUGGAGGCCAUGGAAGAAUAAAUGCAAUUCUUCAAUAACCCUUAAAUAAGUUUUAAAUGUUCUGAUU